AUGGGAAAGGAGGAUCUGAUUCGCGUGCAUGACCUAAUCAGCAAGGCCUUGCAGGGCCACACUGGAGCAGCUGCGGCCUCUACAGGCGCCACAGCCGUUGACGGAGCGGUAGCAGCUACAGCUGCUGCAGCAGUGCCUAUCACUCGUGUGUCCGCACCUUUCACUUUUCCUGCACGCUCUCGCGCUGCCCCUUCUCGUGCCACCCCUACGCCCGCCGCCCCUUCUCCUGCCGCCCCUUCGCCCGCCGCCCCUUCUCCUGCCGCCCCUUCGCCCGCCGCCCCUUCUCGUGCCGCCCCUUCUCCCGCUGCCCCUUCUCGUGCCACCCCUACACCUGCUGCCCCUUCUGCCACCGCCCGUUCUCCUGCCGUCCAAGCCUCCUGUGGUCAACCCACCCACCAAGCCACAUCGGCAGGUUCGGCCCUCCAAACGCCUUCUCAACCGAUUUUGACCAGCCUAGAAAUCCCCACGCCUUCUGUCAAUGCAUGGCCCUCCUCACACCCCUUGCAACCCUCACACCCCGCACACCCUGCACAAUCCUUGCAGCCCUCACAGCCGUUGCAGCCUGUGCCUUGUAUUGAUAGCCGCCCCUCCUCACACCCCUCACAGCCCCCCGAGCUGCCUUCUCCGCGACAAGACUUGCCUGUCUCUCCUUCUCAGUCCAACACCCACUCUUACGAGAUCACCCCCCCUCAUCCCAGCCCCCCUCAUCCCGCUCUCCCUCAACCCACACCCCCUCGCAUCACCCCUACCUCCCCCACGCCCCUUAACUCAAACCCCACAUUCCCCAACCCCCCUCGCCCCAACCCACCUCGCAUCGGCUCCCCCCGUCGCCUGGCCUGCGACAGCCCAACCCCCUGGCCCUCCACCAAGCGCUAUUUCGGCGUCACCUGGUACCGCAACGCGUGGCAGGUGUUUCUCACGGCAACCAAGGCGGAGCAGCAGCAGUUUGGCGUGAGCACGCAGUGGUACUGCGGCCGCUGGCCUAAGAAUCAGGUGGAGGACGCAGCAGCAGCCGCGGAAGCAGCGCAUUUUGUGCUCAAAGGGGGGGGAGCGGGUGGGGGGGCGGGAGCAGGAGGAGGAGCAGAAACGGGAGGGGAAGCAGGGAGGGGGGGGAAGAGCGGGACGGAGCGAGUGUAUUACUUUCUUUCGGGAAGAGAUAAAGAGCGGUUGAUAGAGAUGGGGAAAGCGAAAGCAGCAGAGCUGAUAAAGAAGAAGCGGUGGGUGAUAUGGCAGCAGUGGCGUACCUGGUGGGGCGAGGAGCAGGAAUUGCACGCAACUGCUACCGCUGCUGCAGGGUUAUCCCUAGGUUCAGCGUCCAAGUCUGUCCGUGAGGCAAAUGCGGCUGGUAUCCCUGUUAAAGCCCUCGCUCUCGCCUCCCGGUUCCGUGUUUCUUCACCUGGCCGUGCUUCUCGGGCUGCUUCACGCCGCCCUGCCCGGGCAGCCGACGGGGACGUUGACUGUGUUUCUCCCUCCCACCUUCUCGCUCUCUGCACCUCUUUCGCCACCGCGAAUAACGAGGAGGUGGAAGAGUUGCUUGCUCUCUUGAAUCCUCCCCCUCGCUCCAGACGUCGUCGCGGUCGCCCCACUACUCGCUCCACUCCCCGCACUCGCAACACUUCUCGCGCUCGCUCCACCCCUCUCGCGCCCUCUGCUCCUGCCACGCCUGAGCCCGCUCAGAGGGCUGUGUCGGUUGCUCCUGGUCCCACUGGUGUUCAGUCACAUGAGCAGCAGCAGCAGCAGCAGCAGGAGCAGCAGGGUGGUGAGGAGGAGCGGCAACAGCAACCGGAGGAGGAGGAGUAUCAAGUCCCGCAGAAGUAUUAUGGCGUGUCGUUCCGAUACAACAAGUGGGAGAUCCGCCUCUACAUGUCACCUGCACUCAAGAAGCGGUACGGCUUGGGGGACCAGCUGUACUGCGCACGGUGGGAUAGAGAGCAAGGGGAGGAGGCGGCAGCUGCAGCGGAGGCGAUUCAUUUCGUGCUGGGGAGAAAGAAGAAGAGGGCGUAUGAGUAUAUAACGGAGGAGGAGAGAGAGCGGUUGAGAGAGAUGGGGAUGGAUCGGGCGAUGAAGUUGAUCAUGCAGGGGAAGUGGAAGACAUGGCGGGAGUGGCGGCCGGGGCAGGAGGGGGAGGAGAUGGAAGAGGAGGGGGGGGAGGGGGGAGGAGGAAGGGGAGGAGGAGGUGGAGGAGUAGAAGAGGUGGGUGGUGAGGGGAUGGAGAUGGGAGAGUCGGGAGGUGGGGACGGUGGAGUGGGGGGAGUGGGUGGGGUAGGAGGUUUUUCGAGGCCGAAGAGGAAAAGAGCUCCACGGAGGGUUGUGAGGGAGAGGAGGGAUGAUGCUGAAUCAGGGGGGGAGUGUGGUGAGGGGGAGUGUGGUGAGGGGGAGAUGGGGAGUGCGAGGGGAGGAGGGAGUGGAGGGAGAGGAGGGAGGGGAGGGAGAGGAGGCGGGGCAGGGAGAGGACGGGGAAGAGGAAGAGGAGGAGUGGUGGGAGGAGGGGGGGCGCAAAUGGCUGGCAGCACUGCUGUGCCCGGGGGUGAGGAGGGGAUGGUGUUUGAAAUGGGUGAGGAGAGAUGGAGUGCGAGGGGGUUCACAUGGGAAGAGGGGCACGGUGGGGGGGGCAGGGGGGGAGGUGCGAGGGGCGGAGGAGGAGGAGGGUGGGAGGAGGAAGGGGAGAUGGAUGAAGAUACAGAGGAGGGGGAGGUCGAGGGCGAGGAGGGUGGGGAUGGGUGGGAGGAGGGAGCGUGGGAUGAGGAGGUGUGGGAGGAGGAGCUGUAUAAUGCGUACCGCUUGAGAGAGAUGCUCGGAGGGCUUAUGUGA